CAUGUUAGCCUUCAUUUAUGCUGCCACUGUACAUCCUGCAAGGGUGCUGUAACCUGCAGAACCUGUUUGAGGCGUGAUUUGGUUUGCAGAUACAAGACAAGGGAUCCAUUGUGACACACAUUUAAAAACAACACAGACAACAGGCAAAUCUUUAAGAAGUCCCCCGAGCUCCAUCAUUAAAUACAUUUAAAAACCGGUUGUACAAACAUGUACAUCCAAUGGCCUGAAAUGUUGACUUCGUUUCAUCCCUGCUCUGACUCUCAGAGGGAGAACCACUGUCAGGUGAUUUCCAGGCCGAGCCCAAACCUCACCUGUGAUGGAAUGAUCCAACUGUCACAUUUAACAACAUGUGACCUGCGUGCAGCACUGACACACCCACAAUCUUUAUUUCAUACGACGCCUUAUAAAUACCAUCUGAACACACACAUUACGCACAAAUAUUUUUUAUUUCCACACCAAGAAAAUACCAUCUGCUCCAUUGCAUUUACUGCAAAGACAAAAUGUGUGAUCACGAGAACAAGACCGAGAAUGAAGAGGGAAACGAGGAAGGAUGCAAAGGAGGUGAAAAGCGAGAAAAGGAACAUGGAAGAGGAGGAGGACAUGGAAGAGGAGGAGGAAGAGAAGGAAGAGGAGGAGGAGGAGGAGGAGGAGGAGGAGGAGAACAUGGAAGAGGAGAAAAAGGAGAAGAACAGAGAAAAGGAUGUGGAAAAUGAGGAGAACAUGGAAGAGGACCUAAGAAUUAAGAGCAGAAUUCCUAAAACUUCCAUUCUGCGAUAAUGCUUGUAAAUAAUGAAAUACAUUAUUCAAUAAAUCAAUUCAGAAAAAA